GCCAUAUCGGAACACAAACCUUCAAGGGUUUGCCAGGGCAAUUUCUAGUUUAUCCCUUCUCAACUGCCGUGAAUCACCCGUUUUUAAGACGAAGCGAUGGGAGUUCCAGCUUUCUUCCGCUGGCUUUCGAAGAAAUAUCCAUCGAUAGUGGUCCACUGCGUUGAGGAAAAAGUAUGUGAAAUUUUUGUCCACGUGCCUUUUUGCGUUUAUCGCCGGUAAAAUUGGUCAUUCUGUUUCGAUCUUUAUCUGUUGGUGUGACUUUGUAAUAAGUCUUAAGAACAUCUAAGCGGAAUUAUUUUCUCAGAUAUGUUUUCAUCGUUGUGAGCUUUCUUUUCAUAGAACCGUGAUGUUAAUGGUGUAAAAGUUCCACUGGAUACUAGUUUACCAAAUCCAAAUGAUUACGAGUUUGACAAUUUGUACCUUGAUAUGAAUGGUAUCAUCCAUCCAUGUUGCCAUCCAGAAAACAAGUAAGAUCAUAAAAAUAGGCUUUACUUAUUACCUGUAGAUGAUUUUUACAGUUUGUUUUAUUGUAAGUGCAUCAAUUCUUUUAAUUUAACUCGGACGUCCAAGCUGUAAUGAUCCAUUUUACGAUCGCGAAAACAGCUAUCUCCCUUUGCUCCUUGCUGCUAGAAACUUUUGGAUCAAUUUAAGUUUCUGGCAAAUUGCCCAUCUACCCCUCCGCUAAGCCAUCAUUUUGCCCUAAGUGAGAAGUAAGUGAUAAUGUUGGCUUAGGGGAGGGGUAGGUGGGCAGUUUUCCAGAAACCAAAAUAUUAUUGAUCCAAACUUUCUGCCACAGGAGACUUCUGCACCUUUGAGACGGAAAUUCUGUACUGAUGAUGUUAAAUCUGUCCAGUGUUUGGUCAGGAGCUCUGAUUGGUCGAUAUAGUAGUUAUAUUGUUUUAGCUAUUGUUUACGAAUGACAGACAAAAGGCCAUGAUAGUCAAAUGUAAAUGUGGUGAAUCUAUUACAAAACAGUCAACCUUUGUGGAAUAUAUUCUUCUUUAGAAGAAGCAUGUGAGUUUUGCUAGAGCUCGUUCGCAGAAGAAAACAAAACUUUACCAAAAUCAAACAGGAUAAACCUCAAAUCAAACAAAUUUCAAUUUGAAACUUAUGACCACCAGAUUAAUUUUAAAAAACAUUGAUUUGUGCAUCAAUAUGCAAUUUCUGUCACUGAGGUGCAGUCAUUUCUCCUGGCAAAACGUCCCCAGCAGCAAGGAGCAAGGGUAGAUGGCUAUUUUUGCAUGCUAUUUAGUGAUCAUGCAUUUUUUUAAAGUGACCCCCCUUUUUGUUAUGUCACCAGGCCUGCUCCUAAGAAUGAAGAUGAGAUGAUGGUAGCAAUUUUUGAAUAUAUUGACAGGUAAUUCCCCUGCAUGAUAGGUGAUUUUUUUAAAAAGAAAUCAGUUUGACCUUUUUCCCUCGGAGAUGAUCUUGUUACAAUGUUGAGUAAUAAUUAUGUAAACAUAGCAGUAUUAAAACAUGUAUAUUUGUUCCAAAAAUUCAUUUGUCCAUUAACUUUUUUCUUUGUGCUUUACUCUGCUUUUUCAUACAUGUACAGUUGUAGUCUAAAAUAAGUAUUUGUCUUUUUAGAAUAUUUUCAAUUGUGAGACCAAGAAAGCUACUUUACAUGGCCAUUGAUGGAGUGGUAAGACAAACUGUAAUAAAGAAGGCUAGUUAUUAAAACAGGGCUUAGCCAGUAAGGCAGUGCAUUCAAAAUCAUUGAAAAAUUUUGCCAAAACCCCAAUAUUCAAACAUGCAUUGGUGCUGUUAGCUCCCUGUGUAUAGACCUUACACACUGCAAAUACAUGUGUAAAUUGUUAUUAUAUAUGUGGUUCAUAAUAAUUGAAUAGCAAUUUUCUUAUUUAGGCUCCAAGAGCGAAAAUGAAUCAGCAAAGAUCACGUCGUUUCAGAGCAUCCAAGGAAUCUAAGUAAGUACACAUGCUGUUUGUUAACCCUUAAUUGUGACCCCAAGGCUGUGCUCUAAGGAAAAUCAAAGGGAGCCCAGUGCUCUGAACCUGUGAAAUCCAGGGUGCCCAGCAUAGGAUUUCUAUGAAAAGACUGAGAUUUUCUAGUAGCCAGGGGCAAACGUUAGAUGCCACAGGCCACCAGGCACUGCUGGAGAACAGCCCUAGACCUUCCUUUAUGUCUCAUCAGCAACCAACAUCAAUUAUGUUCUCCUAACAAUAUCCUUACAUCAUUAAGGGAAAAGGUUAUGAGAAUUGAUAAAGUGAUCGCCAAAGGGAGAAGGCUUUGAUCUCUUACCAAAUUCUCCCAACCAAUUCUGUAAGGAGAUGUGUUGAGAUCAGUCUGGAGAAUUUGUAUGUGGAUAUUGGUCAGUGGCAGAUCCAGGGGAGGGGCCCCCCCACCCCCUUAUUUUAAGACCAAACUGAGGCCUGAAAAAAAUUGGGGGGAGACCUGCCCCCCCCCCCCCCCCCCCCCCAAACAACCCAAGCACCCCGCGCCGCCCUACCCUCCAUAUGAACACAAACGUGUAAGUAUGUUUGAACGUUACUUUGCGUUUUUUCUUCCUUCUCUCUUUAUACACUCAAAUCAGAACCACUGUCAAAGAAUCCUCUUCCCUCUCUCUUUUAUUUCUUUCUUCCUGCAGAACUUUUUCUUGUUUUUCCACCUCAAAAAAAAAAAAAAGAAAAUUUUUAUACAGGCAAAAAGUUGUGUUUUUCUAAGAAGAAGGGAGGGGGGGGUUUGUGGUUUGGUUGGUGUGGGGGGGGGGGGGGGGGGGGCAGGUCUAAAAAAUAGGGGGCACAACCCCCCCCCCCCCCCCCCCCCUAAAACAGUACCAAGCACUGAUGCACUGUGCUCUAUAUAUGGAUACAAACUGUGUGUUGCAUCUGUAAGAAUUCCUUUGUGUUUACUUCGUUAGGGAAAAAGCUGAAGAUAUUGCUCGGAUACGAAGUGAACUUAAGGAGAAAGGUAGAGUCUCUUUAGCACUGUUGAUCAGCUUGAGAUGUUAACAGGAAAGGUGGUAUAAACUGCCGGGCAAGUGCUGGUUUUAUUGUCCAUUAUACCUUUGACUGAGAACCAAACCAGUGCUUAAAAAGAAUGUCUGAUCGCCAUAAUGUUGUAAAUUAUUUUGCUUUCUUGUGUAGGAGCUGUUUUACCACCAGAAAAAGAAAAGACAGAACACUUUGACAGCAACUGUAUCACACCUGUAAGUGGGAAUUUUUCUUGAGAAUUCUAUUUGAUAAAAAUUAAAAUAACUAUUUUUAAUGCCAUUACGAUGGUAUACUGUUAGUAGGAUUCUGCUAAAUACACACUGUACAUUGUACAUGUGAAGCAUUAGACACACAUGUACUGUAUACAUGUAUACUGGCAAUAAAUGCAUGCUGUUAGUGGGUUUAUAAGUAUAAUAUUUUAAGCCUUUUAAAGAAUAGCAGACCAUACAAGGAAUUAUGAGAAAAAACUAUUUAAACCUCCUGGUGAUGAUUCUGAGAACUGAAUGAGGACUGACAAUAAUGCUGACUUUUCUGUCAUUGUUCAAUAGGGAACAGAAUUUAUGGACAACUUGUCAGUGUGCUUGCGAUACUACAUUGCUGACCGGCUAAACAAUGAUCCUGGAUGGAAGAAUAUAAAGGUACAUUACAUUCAAAUACAACUAUUUUAUGGUGUUCACUGGUACACAUACAUGCACACUGUAGCACAAAGAAUUUUCACAUUCAUGAUCCAUGUCUUAUUGUAGCAUGCUUGUUCUUAUCAUUUUUUUUGUUAGCCUGCAUAUUACUAAUUGGGGUCAGAUUAUGUCUUUGAUGCAGGGCACUUUUUUGUAGCUCUUAAAAAAUAACUAUUGUCUAUUUUGAUCAAUCUGCAUGACUUUAAAGCAGUAUAAAAUGUCCCUUUAUCAGAUAAACUUAUUGUUGUUACAGUCACCUCUAAUAUUCUUGUAUCUUUGAUUAAAUGCCAUAAAUCUAGUAUUACAGUACUGCAUUAACCAAAUGUACAGUGUUAGUUGACUGUUAUCUCUGGGUCAAGACUCAAUACUUGAUUGUUGAUUCUCAGAAUUUUGAGUCUCAACUCAAGUCUUGAGACAAGACUUCUGAACUUUGAGACUCAAGUUGCAAGUCGACAAAUUAAUGUAAUUUUUUGCUUGGUUGAAAUGAUGAUAACUAUGUAGCUAGAAUGAGAGAAGUACAGAAUAACUAAUGCAGAAGUUAUUCCAAGUUUUAUUAAAAUCUGAUCUAAGUUAAUUGAUGUAUUUUUAGGUUAUUUUAUCAGAUGCUAAUGUACCAGGAGAGGGUGAACAUAAGAUCAUGGACUACAUCAGAAAGCAGAGAGGUUACUAGAAUAAACAAUCGUACCUGUGUAUUUAAUUAAUUUACAACAUGUAUAAUAAAUUAUAAGAAACUGUUAUUCCUUUGAACUUGUUUCUCUUAUGGUGUGGAGAUAUUUCUGGUAGUGAUUUCAUAUAAGCCUCAUGUAAGCUGAGGAUUAUUUUGCACAUACCUUUUUUUCUUUCAGCAAGUCCUGAUCAUGACCCUAACACAAAGCACUGUUUAAAUGGAGCUGAUGGUAUGUGGUAUAUAGUGUAUGAUGUUCUGUUACGUAUAUUCUAUUUUCUUCGUUCCAUUCACUACUAAAAAUUACCCAGAUAGGAAUGAGUCACAAUGAUUAAACUUCAUACCAUUUGAAUAUUUAUGGACAGAAUUCUAAAACUACUAUUAAUAAUUUGUUUUGUUAACAUUAGUGAAUUGAAAUAUAUUUUAAUAUUGCAUGACUGUGACAAACCGUUGCUGUCUAUCACAAGAAAUCAUACAUAUUGGAACAUAAUCUUAAAUGUAUGUACCAGUGAUACAUGUAGCUGGCUUUACCAUGUUAUACAAUGUAUAUGAAUACUUAAAUGUACAUAUAUUUACUUUUCUUUCAGCUGACUUGAUUAUGCUUGGUAAGUAGAUUUAUACUAAUAAUUACAGGUAUACAGGCUGUUUAUCGAAGUAAUGUGAUAAUACUGAAGAGUGUAUCAUUCUUAAGGGAUUCUUCAUGUACUUAGAAUUAUCCUUUUGUUUUACAAGCAAAAUAAGAGACAAUUGUAUUUUCAAGGAGAAAAAAGCAGUUCAUUAGAGGUCAUAUUUUAUGGCUUUUCAUUGUUUCCCUGUUCAGUCUUCUAAAGACGAGCAUUGGAGCAAACAACUGUCACAUUUUUAGCCCAAGAAGAAAUACAGCCCAUCCAUAAAUUCAUAAGUUGAAUCUACUGUCCACUAGUACAGUGAAAUGUACUGAAGUGGAUUGAUCACUGAUUAUUUAUUUGUAUUCAUCCACAGGGCUUGCAACUCAUGAACUUCACUUUACAAUCAUCAGAGAAGAGUUCAAACCAAACCAGAAGAAACCAUGUGAGAUCUGUGGGCAAAUAGGUACAAGAUACAAGUACUGUACAGUAACAUACUGGCCUGUAUGUACUUGUAGUUAACUGUUUUUAAGGGUUAUUUUUUGUAUGUUGUAGGGCACGUCAUGGAUGAAUGUAUGGGACUUCCAAAGGAAAAACAAGGAGAGGUGAGCACAACCUAA